UGGGUGCCUCCUGCACCUGCAGACCUCACCAGAAAGAUGCCAUCGUCUACAACUAUGGUGCCUGGGACGGGAGGAAGCUGGCACUGCCUGGUGCUGACUACAGCGGCGGCCCUGACCCAGCUCAUGUGGUUCCCUGGUUGCUGUGGGUCCUACAUUGUUGGAGGCCACGAGGUAACGCCACAUUCCCGGCCCUAUAUGGCCUCGGUGAGCUUCGAGGGCCAUCACUACUGCGGAGGCUUCCUGUUCCAUACCCAUUGGGUGGUGUCAGCUGCCCAUUGCUUCAGUGACAGGGACCCCUCCACUGGGCUGGUGGUGCUGGGGGCCCACGCACUGCUCACCCCGGAGCCCACACAGCAGAUAUUUAGCAUUGCAGCUGCUGUCAGCCAUCCUGAUUUCCAGCCUGCCACACAGGCCAACGAUAUCUGCCUGCUAAGGUUGAAUGGCUCUGCUGUCCUGGGCCCCGCUGUGAGGCUGUUAAGAUUGCCGCGGAGAGGUGCUAAGCCACCCGCAGCGGGCACGCGUUGCCACGUAUCUGGCUGGGGCUUCGUGUCUGACUUUGAGGAGCCUCCGCCUGGGCUGAUGGAAGUCGAGGUGCGCAUACUGGAUCUGAGUGUCUGCAACAGCUCCUGGCAGGGCCAGCUGAGUUCUGCCAUGCUCUGCACUCACAGUGGGGACCGCCGGCGACGUGGUUUCUGCUCGGCAGAUUCUGGGGGACCCUUGGUCUGUGGAAGACGGGCCCAUGGCCUUGUAUCUUUCUCAGGCCUCUGGUGUGGUGACCCCAAGACCCCAGAUGUCUACACUCAAGUGUCAGCGUUUGUGACCUGGAUCUGGGACGUGGUUCGGGCAAGUUCAUCCCCUGGUUCACUCUGUGAGGGCUGUUUGAAUUUCAGCCCUCUACUGGGGCAGAGAUGAAUAGCAACCUGUGCCCAUUGGCUCACAUCUGGAGUAUUCCAUGGCUUGGGACUUGGGCUACAGGCAUUCAUCCUAAAUGAACAGCUGUACCGAGGGUUGACUACCUAGGUACAUGGCUUAUGGCUUGAUAUGUGGGCAACUCCAGCCGCUGCCCUUAAUCCACAGUCACCCUUGUAACCAAGACCCACUAUGCUGCCCCCUCCUGAAGUCAUCGCUUCUGGGUGGCUCCCGGGCCUUUGUACCUGCUCUAUCCCCUAUGGAUCAUGACAAACUCCACUAACACAGACAGGGACUGAUAUAUGUAGUGAGGACAAAAAUCCAAAAAGUCCUAACUCCACUCCUGGCAACAGCCUCAGUGUAACAGCUGUCUUAUUGCCUAUCAUUCCUCCUGGUCUGAGGUCAACCCUUCGCUCUGGAGCCCCAGACAAGGUGCCAUUUAAAGCCCUCUUACCCCAUACCUCCGGGACCCCAGAGGGCGCACUUCCUUUCCCUCCCAUCCACUCUGCUCGACGUUUCCCAGGGAUUCUUGAACGCGUGCCACAUGUCUCUGAAAGCUUUCAUGGAUUGUCCCACGCUCCACUCUAGUCCCAGGUUCAGAGGAAGGAGGCAGAAAACACAUGGUGGUUUCUAUAGUCUUUUAUUUCCUUGGUGAGGCAGAACUCCAAGGUAAGAGAGGCUACCAUAGCUCCCUGUUAAGGACACUUUGAGGGACAUUACAAGAAAGGCACAGCUGAGAACUGGAGGGUGGCGAGAAAGACCCUGGCAACUCCUCGCCCCCAAACUGGAGGGUUGUGCACCUUCCCAUGGUCUUCUGUUGUGGUCUGACAUCUUGGCUUCCUUUUUAAGUUUUGUAUAAGCCCAGGCUGGCCUUGAACUCACAAUGUGGCCAAGGAUGAACUUGAACUCCUGAUCCCCUUGCCUCUACUUUCCAAGUACUGGGACGGCAGGCCUGAGUCAACGUGUCUGUUUACGUGGUGCUGGGGACGGAGCCCGGGCUCGGAGAACACUAGAAAAGCACUCUGCCUAAUGCACCGCAGCUCCCGCCUUGGCUUCCAGGAAGGCACUUGUGGGUGUGGGCAGGUUUCAGCGGCAGCUGUCAGGGUGAAGGGUGAGCAGUCUAGCCCCAAACAGCAUCUGACUGUUGUCACCACCUGCAGCUCGGCUUGGGGACGAGUGGGGCUGGUGGGGAACUGGGCAAAAGCUAAUGUGGGUGUCCAGGGAACAGGGCAAUGGGUGCUAGAGUGACUCUGGGUGCUCUGGGCACAGUGAAUCCUGCUGUCCACUGGCUGUCCUGGGCCUGUGAGUCAGCCAGAGCCCAAUGUUUCUACCAGGUCCCACCCAGAGUGGACCGAACAGGAAUGAGCCCAGUGUUUCUCUGACCUGGUGAUGCCCGCUCUGGUCUGAGGCCAGCCAUAUGCAAACACCAACUCAUCGGCUGUGCCCUGACAUAGCUCCAGCCUAGAACGCAGGUGGGGAGAUCAAAGCAGGGGGGUCUCCAUGAAGCUGCCCUCCCUGGGCACCAGUUGUCUGGGGUUCUAACUUUGAUCCCAGUACCUGGUGAUGGCACAUACCAACUCUUAUAAAAAAAAAUCUCCCUUCAGUUCUUGUGAUACGUGCUCAGGAUCCCAGGGGAUCCCCAAGUGGUUCCAGGCCAGGUUUGGGGAAUGUCUAUGUGACAUAAAUUAGAAUCUUUUUCUGUAACAAUAAAUAAAAUCGGGAUGACCUCAAAUGCCAGGCCCAGUGGCUGCAGCUC